UAUCAGCUCUUGCCACAACGUUCUCUUUUUCUCUCUUUCAACACUCUCUCUCUGCUGUGUCUUUGCCUUUUCUUUCUCUCUUCACCGACCAUUUGCCGGCGAAGUCGCCGUCGCCGUCGCCGGAGGGAUUCAUUAUCCGUCAUUUACUCUUUGCAAAGAAACAAAGCUUUCUCUGUAGUAUUCAAGGAUUGAGAGAGAAAAACAAAUGGAUGGGACUAAAGAGAUGGGGGGGCUUAGGAACGUGAGCUCAGUGUGUUCAAUAUCCGAAAUGGAUGAUUUUGAUCUCUCUCGCCUCCUUGACAAGCCAAAGUUGAACAUAGAGAGGCAGAGAUCGUUUGAUGAGAGGUCUCUAAGCGAGCUCUCGAUCGGGCUUGCAAGAGGAAUUGAUACCUUUGAGACCACAUAUUCACCUGGUGGAAGGUCAGGGUUUAACACACCAGCCUCAUCAACUCGCAACUCGUUUGAGCCUCACCCCAUGGUGGCUGAUGCGUGGGAGGCUCUACGGAGGUCUUUAGUUUACUUCAGAGGCCAACCGGUUGGUACUAUAGCAGCAUAUGACCAUGCCUCAGAGGAGGUCUUAAACUAUGACCAGGUUUUUGUACGAGAUUUUGUACCCAGUGCCCUAGCUUUUCUGAUGAAUGGUGAGCCUGACAUAGUCAAGCACUUCCUGUUGAAGACACUGUAUCUCCAAGGGUGGGAAAAGAGAAUAGAUCGAUUCAAACUUGGUGAAGGGGCAAUGCCAGCCAGCUUUAAAGUUCUCCAUGAUCCUAUUCGGAAAACAGACUCUCUUGUUGCAGAUUUUGGUGAGAGUGCUAUUGGAAGAGUUGCUCCAGUUGACUCUGGUUUCUGGUGGAUCAUUCUUCUUCGAGCAUAUACGAAGUCUACUGGAGAUUUAUCCCUGGCAGAGAGACCAGAGUGUCAGAAGGGAAUAAAGCUCAUUUUGACGCUCUGCUUGUCGGAGGGGUUUGAUACUUUCCCUACCCUUCUUUGCGCCGAUGGAUGCUCCAUGAUUGAUCGCAGAAUGGGUAUCUAUGGUUAUCCUAUUGAGAUUCAAGCACUUUUUUUCAUGGCGUUGAGAAGCGCUAGCUCAAUGUUGAAACACGAUCAAGAAGGAAAAGAAUUUAUUGAGAGAAUUGUGAAACGUUUGCAUGCCUUGAGCUAUCACAUGCGGAGUUACUUCUGGCUUGACUUUCAACAACUGAAUGACAUAUACAGAUAUAAGACUGAGGAGUAUUCUCACACUGCUGUAAAUAAGUUCAACGUUAUUCCUGAUUCAAUCCCAGAUUGGGUGUUUGAUUUCAUGCCAAUUCGUGGAGGCUACUUUAUUGGCAAUGUUAGUCCUGCAAGGAUGGAUUUCAGAUGGUUUGCUUUAGGUAAUUGCAUUGCCAUUCUGUCUUCUCUUGCAACCCAUGAACAAGCAAUGGCUAUCAUGGAUCUCAUUGAAGCUCGCUGGGAGGAGCUGGUAGGAGAAAUGCCUCUGAAAAUAGCCUAUCCUGCGAUAGAAAGUCAUGAAUGGCGAAUUGUAACUGGUUGUGAUCCUAAGAAUACCAGAUGGAGCUAUCAUAAUGGAGGAUCAUGGCCAGUGCUUUUAUGGUUGCUGACUGCUGCAUGCAUCAAAACGGGACGACCCCAAAUUGCAAGAAAAGCGAUUGAUCUUGCUGAGACCCGUCUUCUGAAAGAUGGCUGGCCAGAAUAUUAUGAUGGGAAACUUGGCAGAUAUGUUGGUAAACAGGCAAGGAAAUACCAGACAUGGUCAAUUGCUGGAUACUUGGUGGCAAAGAUGAUGCUGGAGGACCCUUCACACUUGGGGAUGAUUUCUUUGGAAGAGGACAGGCAAAUGAAGCCUGUGCUCAGGAGAUCAUCUUCUUGGACUUGCUAGGGGGGCAUGAUAUAGAAAAAGAAAAGAAAAGAAAAGAAAAAAAUAGGGAAAGAACACGGAAGGUGAGAAAUGCGGGGUUUCAUUACAGCACCAUUCUUUGGCGUUUGUCCUCGUAGGUUUGAUUGGACUUUUGGUUUUGUGUACAAUAGUUUCUGCAAAGACCAUGCCCUGCUUUUCAAAUAAGAGAUGCAUUUUGCUGUGUUUCAAUAGUUUUUGAAUGGCAUCUUCGAAAUGCCGUAAUCGGUUCAUAUUAGCUUUUGACACCAGCAAUGGAACAAGAUAUGUGUUAAUUGCCGAUCAAGGACUGGAAAAGUUCCAUGAAAUACAGACUUUUGGAUUCAAAUUUGAUGCA